AUGUCUCUCUCCUCGGACUUCAUCCGUACACCCAUUUUCGAUAAGAUUCUGUCCACGAUAACAGCCAGCAUAACAGACUUUAGCACUCGGCAAGCGCCUCUUUUAGCCUAUUCGACCAUCGAGCCCUCUAUGCAGAACGUUAAGAGCGCAUCUGCCGCUGCUGCUCCUGCUGCUCUUUCUCCGUACGUCAUAAACCUCAUAGACGACACCAUAUCUAGAUUCAAAAAGCAUCCUUUUAGACUUAGUUUUGAUAUCAAUCAUCAUCAACCUGAGAAGUUAGAGGCCCUUAACGCCAGUAUUGUGUUCCAGUAUCCAUAUAAACUGAGUCCAGUUGACCGAAAGAAGCUCUCUCCUACAGAUCCUAUUCUGGGAAGUUGGGCCAAAGGGGUCAUCUGCGCGCACGUUCAGGGUUGGAAGGGAAGACGGAUGGCCAGGUCCUUGAUAACUCCACGAGAUGUGCUUCCAUUGACAGAGAUGCACCUGUAUCGUUGCCAGCAGGCGGUUCUUCGCGCCCGCAAGGAGCAGAAUGUUAUCCCAGUCAACGUGCAGACGGGGCAACCUGCGGUUUCCGACAAGAAGAAGGUUCUGUCGUCAAUACUCACUACUCCUGGAUCCACUCCCGUGGCCAGUACACCCUCUGGAUCAGGGCUCAAUCUCCAACUUAUCCGAGACAAUCGCGCAAUUCUCAAAUCUGUUCUGAAAGAAUUCAAUGUCCAGUUUGAGAAGCGGUUUAAUAGAGAGCCCAGUAGGACAGAGAAGGAGGCCCUCCGUCCCCUCUAUGUUGAAUACAAAACUCUUAAGGUGUUUCUUCCGGAUGACGACGACGAUGAUAAGCCGAGCAAGUCCACAGGACGUGAGAAGCGUAAUCCUACGACUGCAGGAUCUGGAAAGUUGGGUUCGGCUGAAUCCGAAGCCCUUAUUCUUUCUAAGGUUGCACAGGUUCGUGCAACUGUUGAAGAAGCGAAUAAGUUCUUGCAACGGCCAGUGCCUACGGAUCAGGCGCGUCUAAAGCAGUUCAAACGAGAGGUACAGAAGUGUCUCUUUGAACUGAAGGAGCAAUACGAGACCGUACACGCUGAUGUUAAUGCUUACAAAGUCAAAACAGGCAAAUACCCCGGGGAUCUGACAUCUAAAUGGGCACAGAAUUGUGUUGAUACGUAUCAUAUGCUUUAUAGCGCAUAUGAAAAGAUCAAGCGGAAGCUGGACGCGUAG